AUGGCGCGAACGAAGCGAGCCAAGGUGGUCUCGCUUACGCAGACCAAGGCAAAGACACGGGACCACAAGGAGAACCUUAUGAAUGCUGUGCGCGAUGCCGCAAACGAAUACAACUAUAUUUGGAUCUUUGCCGUGAGCAAUAUGCGCAACACAUACCUGAGCGAAGUGCGUUCGCUGUGGAAGGGCUCCAAGAUCUUCUUCGGUAAGCUCCGUGUCAUUGCUCGUGCUCUGGGAGAGACGCCGGAAGAGGAGAUCCGACCCGGCCUCGGUAAGAUUGCACAGCGUUUGCGCGGCAACGUCGGCUUGCUCAUGACCGACUCGCCGCCAGCGGAAGUGUUGGAUUGGUGCAGUGACUAUCGCCGUCUAGACUACGCACGCAUGGGUAGUCGUGCGACGGAGACGAUUGUCAUGCCGGCUGGUCCUGUGGAAUGUCGGACAAACCCGCCCGAGACUCUGCCGCAUAACAUGGAGCCACAGCUGCGUGCUUUGGGUAUGCCGACGCAGCUGAAGCGCGGCGUGCCCACACUCCUGGAGGAGUUCAGUGUGUGCAAGAAGGGGGAGAAACUUACGGCGGAGAAGGCCCAGAUUCUUAAGCACCUCCUCGUGCAAAUGGCACACUUCCGCCUCAUUCCUCUUGUGUACUGGUCGGCUGUGGGUGCCGCGGGCGAUGAGGGCGAAGGUGCUGUCAUCGAGGUGCCACUGACAGAAGAAGACCGUAUACUGGUUGAUUCUUCGAACGCCAACCUGAAGCCAAAGGGUGGACGUGUCUCCCACGACAUGGAUGAUGACGAGGAAAUGGACGAUGAGCCCAGCGAAUUGGAUGUGAUUGAGGCUCGUGACCAAGCCAUGAUGCUCCCAGAGGGCAUGAAGCUGUAG